AUGCGGACGGACGUUAUCAAGUAUUGUACCAGCUGCGAUGCUUGUAAUAGAAGGAAGACGUCGCCUCACCAGAAGAAAGCACCACUGCAACGGUUCACUUCAACGAUCGAACCCUGGGAAUUGACAUCGAUGGAUAUUGAUUACUUUACGAAGUAUGUAGAGGCAAUACCAGUACCGGAUCUGAAGGCGGAUACAAUAGCUCGAGCUUUUGUGGAAAAUGUCAUCGUUCGACAUGGCACCCCGCAGAAAUUAUUAACUGAUAGGGGGACAAAUUUUAUGUCAAGUUUAUUUAAGGAAGUAUGCGGCAUUUCAAGGAUACGAAAAAUUCAAACUUCGAGUUACGCACCUACUUCGAAUGGACAAAUUGAGAGGAUGCAUAGGAAAGAAACUCCAAAAGAAGCAAAACCUAUCGUUACUGCAGAAGUCCAUUGUAAUUCGCCAAAACAAAGGGUUUAUACGGAGGUAUUUGAAAACACGGAAGAAGCUAAGACGACAAGAGUGAACAAGUUCAACGAACGGACGUCGGAUCCGCAGUUCGAAGUAGGAGACACGGUAUAUGUAAGGGAUAAGAGUUCAAAAAGGGGGUUAUCACAAAAAUUGGUAAAGAGUUGGAUCGGUCCAUAUAGAAUAACCGAAAAAAUAGGCCCCGUUACUUGUAAAGUACGGAAAUGUAAGGGAAGAGAUGAACAAACUGUUCAUGUAAAUAGGUUAAAACCCUAUAUUAAUAGGAUAUCGGAGGGGAUAAGAGAACGGACAUUAAAGAGACAGGGAGAAAUUUAUAGCGACUCCGACGAGACGGAACUCGUAGAGGAGGUAGAGGAAACAGAAAGGGCUCGCCCCCUAAUGCUUCCAUGUUGGAAUAGGGUGGUGGGGCCGGAUUCGGACGAGGAAGAAAUGAUUUUUGAGGAGGAAAUAGGGGGGACGGAUGAAGAGGUUGAACAUGAGGAACCAGCGCCGGUUUUACGGAGAUCUACUAGGAUCAGACGCCCUCCCAACCGGUUGUCUUAUGAUUAA